CUGUUUUGUACACAUACAUAAAAUUAUCACUUGCAAAAUCAAAACAAAUCUGUGUACGGCCUAACAAUGUGAUGAAACGAAACUUUAUGCCAAUUUAUAAAGGUUAGGAAAUUCUUCAAGUUUUUUUUGAUACGCUACUGAGCCGACAUCUUUGAUUUAUUUGUCCAACCAAUACAAGAAGAGCUCACCAGUAGUGCAGAGUGCGCAUAUUCUCCGUGCGAUUCUUCACAUCGUUCACAUCAUUUGCCAUCUUCGACUGAUCAGUAAGUUGUUCAUUAUAGUGAAUCAAGACAAUUUCGUACUUUUUUAAUUUAGUGGAUGAAUUCUCGUGAAAAUAAAUAUGAAGGGGAGUCGGAUCGAGAAGAAUGAGAAACCGAUCGUCUUCUCAUAUCCAGAGAUAAAGACGAAAAACUUCUCAUGUGUUCAGUGCAAGCAUCAGUUCUCUUCAAAAGAGAAUAAUUUCUACAAAAAGGAAUCACGUGUUCCUUUACUGCUACCAUGUGGACACACAGUGUGCGAUUAUUGUCAUCAAACAAAUUCUAACCUGACUUGCAAUGCUUGUGAACAACCUCAACUAAAAACAGAGAAUUCAGAAAAACCCAAUCUUUUUAUUGAUGUUUACACAUUGGGUGCGAUUAAUCUUUCUCAGAAUCGCUCUGGCAAUAUAAAUGAUCCAGAUCUUCACUUUUAUCAGUCGACAGGAUCGAAAAUUCGACAAACACUUGCUCAAGAUCUCUGCAGUGAAUGUAUGCAUAGAGCUGUAUUAAAAUGUGUGGAAUGCAAUGUUCUACUCUGCGAUUCUUGUUUUGCAAAGCUUCAUGGACGAGCAUUGGAGAAUCAUUGCAAAGUGACGAUUUCCAAUAAGCAGGACACUUUCGAUAUAUCUUCAUACACGAAGUGUGCACAGCAUGACCAGAAGCCUUUUUUUACGUACUGUCAAGAAUGUUGUGUAGUUUCGUGCUCAGUAUGCUUACUUGAACUACACAAUGGACACACAUUCGAAUCAAUUGCGGCAAGGAACGAGAGCUUGAAGGAGGAUUUCGACCAGGCGUACAAAAAAAUCGCAGAGACGUUACAGCGAGUACAUCAUACACAAAAGAAAACACAAAGAUACAUCAAUUUUCCAGACCAGCUACAAAAUAGUGAAUUGGAAGAGGCAAAUGUGAAUCAAUAUUUUUCUCAAAUACACGGCGUUCUUCAACUCAUUGAAAGAGAGCUGCUCGAAAAAGUGAAAUCACAACGGACCGCAUUAAGAAAUCAUAUGGAAAACAUCAAAACACAAUUAUAUGACUAUGAAAAACUAUUAGAAAACGGCUUAAUGAUGGCAGCGUCGGUCAGGAACUCGCUAUCAGACAUUGACUUGUCCAGCCUUAUUAAGAAAAUGAACAAUAUUGCAAAUUUGCCUUGUCACUUAUAUAAGGAGACUGUAACUACUGACCAAAGAGUCAGAUUUGAAGCUGACAAAACAAUUUUAGAUGUUUUAAAAAAUCACUGCUCGAUUCAUGUUCCAGACAUCGUGCCAUUCACAUUACUCAAAAGUGAAAACUUACCACCCAAUUAUACUUUAGAACCAAUAAAUCUACAAGACAUUCCAAGUUUAUGGACAGAAGUAAAAACACGGCCUCCAUCACCGACGCCUUCGGUAGCUAUGUCGACUUGUUCAACAAUGAACAAUCCGGACGAUACACUAGUAAAAGGAGGACGUGUAAUGGUGCAUGUAACACACAUAGCGGAUCCUUUUUGUUUCUACGUUCGACAAGUGUGUCUAAAUGACAAACUAAAGGCUCUGGAUGAAAAAUUAUCUGCCGCUGCUAUGAAAAAUGAUCAAUGGCCUACCGACAUUUUAUUAGGUUCAUUGUACAUCGUGAAAUACCUGGAUCGUUGGUAUCGUGGUCGAGUUCAAAGUAUAAAAAAGAAUCAACAGGAUCAAGAAACAUAUGAGAUAUUUUUUAUCGACUAUGGAAACACAAGUACUGUUUUGAUUCACGAGAUACGAUAUAUUUCUCAGCAUUUCUCAACUCCACCUGCCUUCGCCAUUAAAUGCUCUUUGCAUGAUAUUGAGCCGAAAGAUGAGAAAUGGCAAUCUUCGGCAACCAAGACAGUUAUGAUGGACUUGAUUAAAAACAACAUUAAACCAGUGAUAAUGUAUAUAUACGACAUUAGUGAGAAUACCUAUUUCGUCGAUCUAUGCAGCAACAAUAUUGAUAGGCAAAUAUCUUUAAGAGAUAAUCUUCUAGUUUUGGGAUUUGGUACUUUCAUAUCUUCGAGAACACUUAGGAAAACAAAUCCAAGUGCAGUAAGAAAGUUCUUCCUUCAAGACUUGAAAAUUUCAAAAUUCACGUCCGUAAGAUGUUCACACGUAGAAUCACCUGAUUCCAUCUACAUCGUAAAAAUAAACGGUAACGCUGAAAGCUUCGAAAGACUGAAAGAUGAAAUGAAAAGAGAGUAUAAAAAAGGAAAACCUAAAAGCCAGGUUAUAUAUGAACCUGAUGUAGGAAUGAUUUGUGCUGCUCAAAACAUUGAUAGCUACUGGUACAGAGCUGUCAUCUGUGAUAUCCCCUGCAUACAAACGGCCGAAGUUUUCUUCGUCGAUAUUGGAAAAAAAGAAAUAUUGAACUUUUCAAAACUUCGUAAAAUGCAACAAAAAUUCAUGAUUCUUACAACUCAAGCUGUACGUGUCAGUUUGAGAGACGUAGUCCCGAGUCCAGUUGGUAGCUCAAAGUGGGAUUCUUCAUCAAUAGAAUUUCUCAAAGAAACCUUAUUGCAUGGCAGAUUAAAAGUUUUUCCUCACAAUGAAAUUGGAAGCAAUCACUUUUAUAAAUCGUACAGUGUUAGUUUGUAUACGGAUGAGACGAACAUUAAUACUUUACUUGUCUCAUCAAAUCACGCAAUCAGCACAGGAGUAAGUUCAGAGAUUACAACUGAAACAGUAAAAGACAAACAGUGCUUGCCGACAAACAAAAAGAUUUUCAAAUCUUUAAAUUCUUUUCACGGUGGAUCUACAUUAUCGAUCUCACCAAAAAAUAAAAAGGCCGUUGAUGAAUUGGAAGAUUACAGAUUGCGAGUUGUUGUGUUAAAUGCAAAAUCACCCGACUGCAUCUACGUUGCUGAUCCAACGAAAGAAGCAGCACACAAUGCUCUUCAAAUAAAAAUGCAAAAAUUUUAUAAUAGACACGUGGCUGCUAUUUCAGAAAUUGAGUGGCAAAAAGACCAAAUGUGUGCAGUGUAUUCAAGAAUAGAUAAAGCAUUUUUCCGUGGGAAAAUAUUGAACGUCUUAUCUGAAACAGAACUCAGCGUGCUUCUAAUUGAUUUAGGUUUAGAAGAAACAUUUCCAUUGGAUGACGUACAACCUUUAGAUAAAGACUUCCUGUCUACCCCGCGAUAUCAAUUCAAAAUCAACCUGGCAGAUAUCAUUGCACCUGGCGGAACAGCUUCAUGGCCUUCUUCUUCGUGUCAAAAAUUACGUGAAAUUAUCAACGAAAAUGAUAACUUUAAAUUCUACAUCACAAAAGUGUCGGAAACAGUGGACGAAACAAUUCCUGCCGAACUUUGGGUUAAAGUGUCCAUACUUGAUGGACCAUUUGCUUCAGAUAAAAUUGAAUAUCGUUCUGUCAGCCGACUAUUAGCAGAAGCUGGAUUUGCAAUUCCACUUAAAGGUUUUUCUCGAGAUGUCACCAGAGCCCUCGCUCUGGAAGUCAAGAAACAAUUGGAUAAAGGUGAAUACAACGGUGGAUUAAACUUGAGUGAAAUAAUGUGGUCAAAAAAAAAUAGUGAAGAUGGAACUUUAGUCAACUCGGACACUUCUACCGAAUGCACCGAUAAUGAUGAUCAAUCCGAUUCUGAUAAUUUUAGUGAAUCUGCCAGCCAACAUAUGAAUUCGAAAUGGAUUCCAGCUGAUCCAAUUGAAACAAAUUCAUUUCGUGCUACUGCAACCUAUGUAGAUCACAAAUGCUUUGUCUAUCUGCACGCAGUAAAUCAAAAUGAGGUAUUAAAAUAUAUUGAAACUAAUUUGGAUGAGAAAUACAGUAGAAAAGCAAUUAAACCAUGCGGUCAAAAGUGGAAAAUCGGUGAUAUAUGCAUAGCUCAAUAUCAUAAUAAUAAAAAAUGGUAUAGAGCACAAAUUAAAAGGAUUAUUGACCACGAAAAUGUUCAGGUUGAAUUCGUUGAUUAUGGCAAUACCGAAGAUUGUGAAAUCGGAACAAUAAAGAAAAGGGUUAUUCUUCAAAAUAUUCCGAUCCAGUGUACAAAAUGUGUCAUACAGGGUCUUCGUACAAACACUUUAGAUGGAACUUGGUCUACAUCCGACUUAGAUAAGAUACACUGCCAUUUGGUUGACAAAGAAUUUGAUGUGAAUGUGAUAAAAAGAACAGGCAAUUUUUCACAAAUUCUACAUGUCUCAAUUACCUUACUGCAACCAAAAUAUUGCGAUUUUGUUACUUAUGCUUCGAAAGAAACGACUAUGAACAUUCUAGAUCCUAGAGAAUGUUACUCUGAUCCAGAAUCAUCAGAUGAUUCGAUAGAGGAGACAACCAUGAAAAGAGUUGAUAUCACAGAUAAUAAUACACAUAUAGAAAAAUACAUUUCUGAUUGUCAAGCUAAUCCUAAUAUGGGUGUAGACUACGAGACUGAAUUUCCAGCGUUAAAUUCUUCCACAAAAGUUGAGGAAGAGAAACAUGAGGAACCAAUUAGUAAAGCAGUGGACAAGGCGAGUAGUAUUGAAAGUGUUUCAUGGAAUAAUCUGGAGAGAAACGCAAAUAGAAUGAUUACUUCCACACCGCAAUUGAAAUUAGAUACUUCAGAGCCCAACACUAACAGCACUUCUACAACCACCACUGUUUCCUCAUCAGUAGAAGAUCCUUGUGAAGGAAUUGAUAUUCCAGAUCUUCUAAACAGAUUCAAAAACGAUGAUUUGGUUGAAAUCGAAAUGUCUAAUAUUGCCAAAAAAGGCCUAAAGCAACAAGAAUUAGAAUUUAUAGGCCAUGUCACAGGAGGCAACAAGAGUAUUAAGAAAGUUGUCAAGAGAUAUAGUGAAAUGGAUAGCGAUAUACAGAUAAUAGCUCCAAGACAACCAUUAAUUAAAGAUCCAAAGAUUAACAUGCUCUGUUAUGCAUUAUACACAGACGGUAAAUGGUACAGAGGUGUAAUAAAAAAAUACGAAAGAAAUUCCGAAAAAUUACUAAUUACCGUGAGAUAUAUAGACUAUGGAAAUAAUCGAGUUGCAGAUAUUUCUGAAAUCAGAGAAAUGGAUGCAGAAUUUCGCUCUGUACCCAGCAUGGCAGUAAAUUGUAAAGCCUACGGUAUCGUUCCAAAAUAUGGAUUUUCAAAAACUGAAUUCUCAAAAAUAGUAAUUCGCUAUUAUGAAGAUAAAACGCUAUUCGCUAAGAUUAAGGAAUGUAAUCUCGACAGCCGUACGAUCACUGUUGAUCUGUAUUUAGAUAGUGGAUGUACCCAACCAGCAGUAUCGUCUCUCAUAGAACAAGGUCUAUUUCAACCAAAAAAUUAAAAAGCUAGUCUUUACAGUUUAAGAC